UUGCCCUUUCCAGCGCUCCCAAAGCCGCACCCCAAGCGCUUCGCUCGCACCGUCAACAGCAGUUUGUAGCUGUGUUCUUCGUUCUUCUAUCGGAAGGAACGUAGAGACGACACAGCAACAGAAGCCGAACAACUGCACUGAGACGCGGUAAUACGCGCAAACCAUAUUGCGGCUUCUCCGAGCCAACGCGAUUCGUGACACCAUUCGUCCCGCAGCACCGGUAUGGGUGUCCCGUCUUCAGUAGCGGAUAUUCCGCCGGCCACGUCAUUCGCCAAACCCUGCAAAAAGGGAACGCUGACUAAACUGGUCGGCCGCCGAUGGAUAUUCUUACCUGUGUGGAAAGAGCGCUAUUGUGUGCUAGACGGCAACAAGCUGUACUACUACGACAGCGAGACAAGCAAAGGCAAAAACUCCCACUGUGGUGUAAUCAACUUGGACCUCUAUGACCUUUGCGAAGAGUACGAAAGCAAAUCCGUCCAGAAUGGAUUCGUCAUCACAAACACCAACAGAGGAUUCUUUGACGAAUGCCACACUUUCUCUGCGGGCACCUUACCAGAGGUUUGCGACUGGAUAGCGCACAUCCGGACGCAGUUGAAUCAGUCCAUAGUACAAAAGAGGACGUCCUUUCUCAGGAAGUCACUUGCAAAACGGAAGACCAGGAAAUCCCUCGAAAGCCAGGCAAAUGUUGAGAGCAGCCCUCAGGUUCCAGAUCUAACGCUGGACAUCCCAGGCAAGGAGCCCCUGGAAAGUAUUACAAAAAAUCGAGCCAAGGGCCCCGCAGGAAGAAGACUGCCACAAAGGAAGUCGCAGAUGCCUAAAUCUCUCUCCCAAGAAGUAAGCAGUCACAAGGGCCUAACUGCUCACAGACAAGAAGCAGUUGCUGAGGAGUUGGAAGCAACAGAGUUGGGUGCGAAAAUCGAAACAGACAAGCCAAGGCCAGCAUCGGCUCUCUUGUACCACUACAGUUCUAGCGAGGAUGAUGAAACGGAUAAGACAAGAGAACCUGAAUCUGCCAGCCAAACUGAAGAUGCAAGGGAGUCGGGCCAUACUUCACCGGAUGGAUCACUUACUCUCAACACGCACUCAGAAACAAUGCAGGAUCGGCUGAGGAAACUGCGUGAAGAGCUGUCCUGUCAUGUGGAUGAUGUGACUAUGAAGUCUCUUCUCGAACGACUGAGCUACUGUGAACUCGAACUACAAGUUGCAGUGCAGACUGUUCAGCAAGUCCUGGAUGAAGCGUCAGCCAUGCUCGCAAAGACCAAGGGGGCCACCAAGCAGCAGCAGCAACAGCCGCCAGUGCCUGCUUAGUCUUUGCACGUCCUGGUGAUGCCAGAGAGUGCUGCACUUGUCUCCGUCAAGGAGAGGACGUGAACUGCUGCGAGUGCGCAGCUGUCUGCAGAGAUAGUAGUCUGCACGAGCACAGCCGCUGGUUGGGGGCCGAGUAAAGCCCCUCGAUCGAUGUGCCUCUGACAGCUUGUCAGCAGAAAUAUUGUAGAAGGGCUUUAGUGGAUGAGCACAGAGUUGAGCACAAAGAUUACCAUAGGGAAAGCCUGUUGCUGCAUUCAACUAGAAAGAGUGUCAUAAGCAGUACAGCAUUCUCGAAAUUCUAUCUUGUGGCUCCAAAAACUGGCCACAAAGUGCGGCAAUCUCACAGUUUUCAGUGUUUUGUGAUGUGCAGCACAAACAAGGCACGUGUGACAGCAGAGGGGUGUGCCCCGUUUGCACUGAACAUUGGAGAAUGCAACACGAGCCAGGCCCCAAGUCUCUCUCAGAGUAACUUUGGAGCUUUGGUUAAGUAAGCAAUAAUAACAUGAAACACUGAAAGAAACAGUUUCGGCUGAUGCCCAAAUAAUAGCCAGAUAACGUGUUUGGGGUUCAUUAUGCUCACUUGCAUGAUGAAUCUAGAAUUUUAGAUAAAUUGCAUUAAAUAUUGAAUUUCCACAUUUGUAAGAUGCAGCAAAUGUUCAUAAAAGGAGUCAGAAGAUAGUUCAGGUGACAUCGACUGGCCAAAUGAGGAAAUAGGUGUGCACAGUAGCUUUUAAUUAUUGUAGUUCAGUUGAACCUCACCGACAACGAAGUCUUUUCAACGUACAUGUAUCUUUCUUGAAUGUAAUAUUUGUUCAAGUGAGUUUGUUAUGCCCUGGUAACAGCAAUAUACAUUUUAGGUGCUUGUGAUAUCCAAUAUUCCACUACAUUGAGGUUCAACUGUUGUUUGAAUACCAGCAUCAGACUGCCCUUCAGUAACCUUUGUGUGAGACUGUACUGGGAGGGUGGGGAGGAAAGGUUGCAAGCGUACAUUUUUGUGUGCUGCUGCCCCCACCCAGCGGCAGCAUGGCGCAUUUCACGCCGUCGUUACUAGUCAAAAGCCCAAAGCAGUGCCUCCGGCAGGUUUUAUAUUGACAUUGCAUUGGCCUCAUCGAAUUCAACAUGGUUUGCUGUGGUUUUUAUGUUCAUAGUGUAUGACAAUGAGACAUUUUAUCGUAGUUUUCUAGGUCGCACUUUUUUGAAAAACAUUACAGGUGCUUCUUGUCGGAGAAACAGAGCCUCAGUUUUGUAAACACCGACCACCACUGACAAUGAAAGAUUACUCAGAUAUAGGAGGUUUGGCAGGCGUUCACCUAUUUACGCUACGUUGUUAGAUUAUACUUUUUUAAUGGCAGUAAUAGUCUUAUUAAGAUAUAGUUUGGUGGAUCGAAGUAGAUGUAAGAACACAAAAUACUUAACAAUGUGGUGCAAGUCUUGAACAAAAUUACUUCUCUGUCAAUCUCUGAUAGAAUACGUAUAUUAAUAAAAAAACAUAGCAUGUGGAAGUAUAUACACCUUCAAUUUAACACUGAAAAAAUUUUUUCUUCUAAAUGCCCCGCUCUUGACGACCAAACCUGGGCGACUCAGCAUGCCCGUCCAUAGGCCCGACCACCAGAGGCAUAGGCCCGACCACCUAAACCUGCUGGUUUCUUAUAAGUUUCUUCUUCCUCCUCUUCUAAACGCCAGAAAUUUGUUUUAAAAAUAAAAAGCAAUAUCACUAAAGUUACCUUAACAUUCUCUUCAUAGCGUUGGUUUCUUUCUCAGUCAACAUUUUUUUAUAAAGUUCGAAGAUUUGAAAGUAUGACGUACCUAUUCGUAGUACGUGAGCCCUUUUUUCUUCUUUAAUGGUCAGCAUUUUGUCCACAGAAAUGAAAAUGAUUGUUUGAAAACAAAUUUUACCAUUUUAAACCAAAUUUCGCACUGGUCUCUAGUGUUUCUCUGUGAGACUGGCUGAUAAUUCAACAUGACCCACACACGGAGAUAUCCAGCUUAUUCAAAUUGCCUUGAAGUCUCUAUCAACAGAAAGAUAUCCAAAUUUUCUUCUAGUGGAUUUCACACGUUAAGUGCAAGGGCAUCUGCAGUGCUUGAUAAAGGGGGGGUGCACAUAGUAAAUAUGCUCGUAGUUGCUUGUGGUGGGCAGCGGAAUAGACUCUGACACAAGUGUGAGUGUUUUCUUCAAAUACUGUGCUGGUCACUGCUUUUAUUUUUCAUCUGCUUCAUGGAAGCUCUGUCAAAGCCCAACAUUUCUAUUUGUCUUUACAGCACACUUGGCAAGAAUAGAAAAUAAGUUGCCUAUGUCAAUGUCUUUGACGAUUCCAUAGCUCACCUUCUGGAAACUUUGUAGACUCUGCGUUUUCUAUCUUUCACGGAAAUUGUGCGAUGUGUCAAGCACAGCUGCCCAAACUGAUGCUGCAAUUUGGCCAUGUCAUAUGCCGCAUGUCCAAUUUUUUGUGCAAUGUAAUUAUGUUUAAAAUCCAAACAAAGCAGUGUCAUUUGAAGCUAGCUAGAGCAAAGUUGCUGAAUUUUUCCAGCAGUAAUACCUUGCUGCAUUGACCUUUACAUGAACACCUUUCACUUGCAGCCAGUCAAAUUAUUUUUCAAUCAACUUUUGCAAGUUUGUUGUUAGUGCUAAAACUUCAGUUCAGACAAUGCCACCAAGUAAGCUAUACCAUUCGGUCGCACCUUUGUUACUAUACUGUGUACGCUGAAAAGUCAUACAUAGUGUUAAUCUUAAAGUCAUUCUGCAUUAUGAUGUCAUAGUAACGAAGCCAGGCAGGACACUUCAAGACCAACUUUAAUCUCAGAUACUGUAUGAAUAUUUCUAAACUUUCGUUUUUGCUAAAUGUCAUUUUUCUUACUUUCAUGCACAAGAUGUGCAGUGUAGCAUUUCUAGAACUUUGAAAAAAUGCACGAGCGCUUCUUAAACAAAAGCUACAUUUGAAGGCAACGUAUACACAGUCAUAUCUGUUGCUGGUUAACAAUUCGCUUGUGCACCACAGUGCAGCGAAGACUGUACUGUACUUCAAGAACAACGACGAGGGUUCCAUGCGAUUCCCAAUGCAAAAUUGCUGACAAAAGGCCCGAAGCAAUGUGUGCUUGGGCUAGAUUACCAGUUAAUUUUCCCACAGGGGCACAGACUUCCUUCCCAAUGCCAACAACAGCAUAAGUUGAGACAUGUACUAGGCACUAGUUUUCAGCCGCACAACAUUGAUCCGUUUCCACGUGCCACUGAAUUGCGACUGGCAAAACGUGAGGUGCAGUGUGUAAGAGACAACAUUACAUUGUUCAAAUUGUGUGUUAACUUAGUUUGCAUGCUGCUGAAUCAAGUACAUAUUUAUCACCAUUUUGAUUAUUGUUAUGUUGUAUAGUAACAGUGGGUGCUUGCACCCACUAGCUAACUUAAUGUUAGCGUGGCCAAUGCAUCUUCUGCCAAGUAAUACUGGACAGCCCCUCGGUGUCCCUGAAUGAUUUAACACUGGGCGGUGGAACAGGAACAACUUGGCUCCAUCUGCAGCUUGGACAAUUAUGAAGAAGUUGGCCAACAUUACUUGACACGAAUAAGUUGAGCAUGCCGAACAACGAGCUCCGAUUCAGCUUGUUUCCAGAUGGAGAAAUGAGUUUCAUUCCCAAGAGCUCCUCUGAACAAUCGUGUGCCUUCCAAGUUUUCCCCCUCCUUGAUUGAUGCGAAUGCAUUUGUCAGUUCUAAGUUUUAUUUAUAAAUAAAGGCAUCUGCCAAACGCUA